CCGGUGGGGGAGCGGCCCCGGAUGGAGGCCGUCGCCAUUUACACAGAAGCGAGCGGGGUGUGAGCGUGUGCGCGUGCUGUGUGGUUUUGUGUGUGUGUGUGCCCCCCCCUCCCCGCCCUUCUCCACCCGCUGCCGCAAUGAGGAGCUUUUCGCAGCUGCUGUGUCUCGCCUUGCUCGUCUUCCCGGCCGCCCUGCUGCUCGGGGGCGCGCGUGGCGGCCCAGGUUCGGGUUUAUUAGUAGCAGCUCAAGAUGCUACAGAAGAUGAGGAAGGUGGAGAAGAUACCAUAGUUGAAGAUGAAGAUGAUGAAGCUGAAGUUGAAGAAGAUGAACCAACAGACUUGACAGAAGAAAAAGAGGAAGAAGACUUGUCAGGAGAACCGAAAGCCUCGCCUAGUGCUGAUACAACUAUCUUGUUUGUGAAAGGUGAAGAUUUUCCAGCUAACAACAUUGUAAAAUUCCUGGUGGGAUUUACCAAUAAGGGUACAGAGGAUUUCAUUAUCGAGUCUCUCGAUGCUUCUUUCCGCUAUCCUCAAGACUACCAGUUUUAUAUCCAGAACUUCACAGCUCUCCCUCUGAAUACUGUAGUUCCACCACAAAGACAAGCCACGUUUGAGUACUCUUUCAUCCCUGCUGAGCCUAUGGGUGGUCGUCCAUUCGGACUGGUUAUCAAUCUCAACUACAGAGAUGCAAAUGGCAAUAUGUUUCAAGAUGCUGUCUUCAAUCAAACUGUUACAAUUAUUGAAAAAGAAGAUGGCCUGGAUGGAGAAACGAUCUUCAUGUACAUGUUUCUCGCUGGACUUGGUCUCCUUGUCAUUGUUGGCCUACAUCAGUUACUAGAGUCUAGGAAGAGGAAAAGACCAGUACAGAAAGUAGAGAUGGGAACAUCAAAUCAGAAUGAUGUUGAUAUGAGCUGGAUUCCUCAAGAAACUUUAAAUCAAAUAAAUAAAGCUUCACCGAGGAGGUUGCCCUACAAGAGGGCACAGAAGAGAUCAGUGGGCUCCGAUGAAAAAAAACAUCCCACCAGGACUUAGGAAGAUGCGGAUGCUCAGCUUCGCUGCGAUCCCCUGGCCUCCAGAACCGGAUAAGCAAGUCAGAUGAUUCUUUGGCUCACCGUCCUGUGAAAUGUAUUUUAUUCAUAGGAAAGCAUAUAAGAUGCAGCUAAGGCAGCUCCGACAAGCCAAAACAAAGGAUUCCUCUCAUUUUUUUUUGACACACGCACAUGGCUUUCAAAUACAUCCUCAAGAUUUCACAGCCAUACACAUUUAUGCAAAAAUAAAACUACAGUGGCAGAAACCUACUUCAUUUGUACAGAAAAUGACGGUUAAUCACCACAACGCGCCAGAAGGACGCUCACGGAUGUGAUCACAGGGCUACAGUUAAUUAAAAAAAGUACCGAGAACCCUGACCUAAUGCCUGUGCAGGAAAAUUGGCACCAAAGUACUUUUCUGCCAUCUUCAGUUGCUACGUUAUGGAGCUGCACCGAGACGAAAGCACCGCUUCAAGGAGGUUUGACACCAAAAAAUGGUGGUCAACAUGAACGUGAAUUUUCAAAGUGCUGCAGUCAUCUCCAACUCAAAACUCAGUCCAAGUGAAGGAAGAGAAACAGUGAUGCUAUUUGCACAGAUAAGCUCUGGCUUGCACGUCAUCCUCUAGCAGGGAAGUCAGAAAGCAAGUUACAACAAACCCACAAGAAGAGCCAUGU